GAUUAUUGAUCCCGAAGUCGAUAGUAAAGAAGAUGGAAGUCGAACUGAAAAAGCAAGUAGUGAUAAAACGUAUCAAAGAAUUGAUGAGGAAAUUAGAGUCCCACCUGGACUAAGUGACGAUAUAAUCCUGAAGGUUAAAUCUGCUGGUGAAAUAAACG